AUGGCGGAUGAACGUUCUCGUCGUGGUCUGAAUCCAAAUGCUCAAACAUUUAUACCAAAUCCAGCUGCUCGACCGUUCAUUCCUGGACAGCCAUAUCUUUUCACGGUACAACCUCCGUCAGUGUACCAUCAUCCGCCAACAUCCGUUGACCAAGGAGCUUAUCACCAACAGUGUAGCCAAAUGGGGAUAACCAUGGCAGCACAGCAUAUUGCGCCAUCAUCGAUUCCUACUCCAAUGUACAAUCAACCAGUUGCUGCAACUGUUGCACCUUUGAUAGAGAAACCGAGCGCACCAAUGACACAACGCUUGUCACAUUUGCAGCAACAGCAGCAGCAAGCUCCCGCUGAUGCUUGGGAUGACGAAGUAGAUGAUAAAGAAGUAAUAGAAACAAAAGAAGAAGUGAUAAAGGAAGAAGUGAUGAAAAAUGAUUCUUUACCCGCAGAGAAAGAGCAAGAACAGAUGAAACCGACAGAUUUGGAAACCGUGAAGCCAGAAAAUACCAGAAGCAAAACAAACAAUUUACCGAUUACAAAGGAAAUGGAUGACGAGGAUGCAGCAUUACCUAUGAAGUUUAAGCAAGCUGUUCAGAUUGAUGAUAACAGUCGAAAGGAACAUCUGAACAUGGUUUUCAUUGGGCAUGUUGAUGCCGGUAAAUCUACGAUUGGUGGGCAUCUAAUGUAUCUUACGGGAAUGGUGGAUAAGCGUACGCUGGAAAAAUAUGAGCGAGAGGCGAAGGAUAAAGGAAGAGAGUCAUGUCCAUUUGUCUUUUAUUUCCGGUAUCUGUCGUGGGCACUAGAUACAAAUGAUGAAGAACGUGAAAAAGGCAAAACCGUUGAAUGUGGACGCGCAUUUUUUGAAACUGAUAAAAAGCACUUUACAAUUUUGGAUGCACCUGGGCACAAAUCAUUUGUUCCGAAUAUGAUCAGCGGAGCAACACAAGCAGAUUUGGCUGUGUUGGUCAUCAGUGCGCGAAAAGGCGAGUUUGAAACUGGUUUCGAUCGAGGUGGUCAAACGCGUGAACAUGCGAUGUUGGUCAAAACCACUGGUGUGAAAUAUCUUGUUGUGCUGGUCAAUAAAAUGGAUGAUCCUACUGUUAAUUGGGAUGAGGAAAGGUACAAAGAAAUUCAAAGCAAACUUACACCUUAUUUGCGGAAAUGUGGUUUCAAUCCGAAAACAGAUAUUAUAUACAUUCCAGUUUCUGGACUUACUGGAGCAUUUCUGAAGGAGCGGCCAAAUUCUGAAUUUGCUUCGUGGUACACUGGUCCAUGCUUCAUUGAAUAUGUCGACACCAUGUUGCCGUCAAUUAGUCGUGAUUAUGAAGGACCAGUACGUAUUAUCAUUGCCGAUAAAUACAGUGAUAUGGGUACUAUAAUUAUUGGAAAAAUGGAAUCAGGUAUUGUAGUUAAAGGCCAAACGUUAACAGUUAUGCCAAAUAGGACAAGCAUUCAAGUAAUUCAACUAUGGUCAGAUGAUGUAGAAAUUGACAAAGUGGUAUCUGGUGAUAACGUAAAAUUGAAGUUGAAGGGGAUCGAAGACAACGAUAUUUUACCUGGUUUUGUAUUAUGCUCUCCGGAUGCUUUAUGCCAUGUAGGGAGAGUUUUUGAUGCUGAAGUAGUUAUUUUGGAUCAUAAAUCAAUAAUUGCGUCUGGUUAUUCUUGUGUCCUACACAUCCAGUCAGCAACCGAAGAAGUUGUUGUGAAGGCAGUAAUUUGUACAAUUGACAAGAAAACAGGAAAUAAGGUGAGAGCACGAUUUGUAAAGCAAGACGAAAAGUGUAUAAUGCGAUUGGAAAGUUCAGAAUCAUUUUGUCUUGAAGCAUUCAAAAAUUUCCCGCAAAUGGGACGUUUCACACUGCGCGAUGAAGGCAAAACAAUAGCUAUUGGUAAAGUGCUCAAAGUCGUCGAAUGA